GUGGAUGACUCGGUGUGUGGCACACUUCUGAGUCAGUUUAGUGAAGCAAGACAUAGCAGCCGGAAGUGUCAUCUUUGGCUAUUGUUGAAACUGGUGAUCAUCUAAAGAUCCUUCACAACAGGAUGGGAGAAACAUGACAAAGAAAAUGUUGGUUUUGUGUAAUAUCAUGACAACACUUCUGUUUUUAAUUAUUGUAGAGAAAUGUGAAACCUAUGAUGUGAUGUUGAGGCAAAGUCUUGUGCUGAAUGGGCAGCCUCUGGCUAUUAAAUGUUCAGUGGAGAAGCGCUGGGAAAAUGGAGACUACGACUUGACAUGGAAUUUGACAAGCUUCAGGAAAAUGAGUACAAAAGUAAUAGUUUUUGAGAGGACUGAUGGUUUAUGCUUAAAUGAAAAAUUUGCUGUACAGGAGAUGAUAUUAACCUCAUCAUCUGCAAAGGUCGUGUGUCCACACUUGGAUUAUUUCAGGAAUGAGAAGAAUAUCCAUCCUGUUCAGUGGUACAAGGAGUGUCAGCUGCUGGAAGGAAACAGGUUUGCCUUCUCAGGCAGUGAUCUCAUCAUUUUCAAUGUGACUGUACAUGAUGGAGGAAACUAUACCUGUGAAACAACAUACACCUACAGUGGAAAACAAUACAACAUUUCACGAGAUGUCAGUCUGAUUGUAGAAGUGAGCCCACCAAAAAAGCCACCAGAAAUAUCUUAUCCGAGAAACAACUCCAUUGAAGUGGAACUUGGCUCACAGGUUACAAUAGAUUGCAAUACAACAGGGGCUGAUGUGUAUGAUGUGUUUUGGACAGGCAACGGCGAGCAUAUUUUUGCAGAUCCUUACGAGGAGAAAAGUUCUUACGAUGGACGCCCUAUGCUUUCUGUGAAGCUAAUAAUUUCAGAAGUGAAUAGUGAAGAUUUGGAACAACCAUUUGUCUGCCAAGCUUCAAAUACCUUUGGGCAGGUUGCAUCUUACAUUAUAUUAAAACACAGAGUUCCUGAUAUACAUAGAGUGCUGACUGGAGUUCUUGUCUCUUUGCUAAUUUUAAUAUUUAUUACUUUAAUAAUCUACAAGAUUUUCAAGAUUGACUUGGUGCUUUGGUACCGUAAUUCUGUAUGUGCCUUUGAAAGUAAGGAAGAUGGGAAAAUCUAUGAUGCCUUUGUUCUGUACACAAAAAGCCAUGGAGGCAGAAGCUUCUGUCGUCUGGAAACCUUUGUUCAUAGAAUACUCCCUGAUGUUUUAGAACAAAAAUGUGGGUAUCAUCUCUUUAUAUUAGGAAGGGAUGAUUUACCAGGAGAAGCGGUGGUCAGUGUUGCUGAUGAAACCCUUAAGCAAAGCAGAAGAGUGAUGAUUAUUUUGGAAUCAGAAACAUCUCGUUGCCUGUUAGAAGACACCUCUGAACAACAACUAGCCAUGUAUAAUGCUCUCAUCUGUGAUGGGAUUCAAGUGAUUCUUAUAGAAAUGGAUGAAAUACAAGAUGAUACAGGUCUGCCAGAAUCAAUCAGAUACAUUAAGCAAAAACAUGGAGCUAUCAAAUGGAAAGGGGACUUCUCAGAGAGAUCCUGUUCAGCAAAUACAAGGUUCUGGAAAAAUGUGCGCUAUCAAAUGCCAUCUAGGAAAAAAGUAUCUUAUUCUGGAGUCUGCCUGUUACCUGUAACUUCGAACAAUUCUGCACCAAAGGGAAGUUAAGAGACACUGACUAAAAUAACACUGAGGAGGUAAUUCUGAAAUGUGGGGGGUUUGCACAAAUUCUUUAUAUUACAAGAAGUGUAACUCAUAUUCGAGGAGUGAAAACUACACAUCCCUUCCCCGUAUCACACACUACAAGAAAAACUCAGUGCAACUUUAAUAUCUUCUGGAUUUUGAAUAGUAGUGCAAUUUGCUGUGUUAAGUCUCAACACAGGUAAGAGAAGGAAACAUGACAGCUGGUGGUAGACUACAUUUAUGUGGACCACAACCAGUUAAUGAUGUGAUGAAGCUUCUUGAAGGGGUUGGGGAAAUAUGUGACAUAGCAGGUGCAUUUAAAAAUCUUCACAACACUAAAUGUGUUUCAGCUGAACAGUUGCUACUAAAAGUGUUCAUAGAAUGGGCACAUGGAGUGGAAUCCAUGGUGCUUUAUACACAUGUUGAAUGAUUUUGUGAUAUCUGGUCUAUGGGAUGUUUCUAAACUGAGUCUUUUGAAAUGGUUAGGAAACCCAAAAUAUUUCAGAUUAUUUUCAGAAGCUUUCAGCUUUCUAAACUGUGCUGCUACUUUGGAAGACAGAUGUUCUCAUUCUGUGUCUCAGCUAGAAGUAUCAAGCAUACAAGUUCACUGAGAAUUUAUCAAAUAACUGUGCUUGGACUGGAUAUCCUGAAGAGAGCAGAAAACGGCCAGUUCUGAAACAUGACCAAAUGUUAAUAGCAAAAAACAAUAUAUUGUCUACUUGUGAACAAAAAAAAAUUUACAGACUCAACCUGAUUUGGAGCUAAAUUCAUUGUUCUGUGUGAGUCACUAUGAGAAAAUUACAUGCUGUUUCCUUCUCAGGGUGGUCUGAAGUGGCAAGAGAUUUUCUGUUUCAGCCUGGAAGAGCACCAUCUGAAUGCAAAUGUGAAUUCUGCAUGCCUUUUGGGAAGUUUGGUUUUACGUUACCUUUAUUAAUAGAAUAAUAUCUGCCACUAAACUCCUUUCAGCUGGUUCUCAGCAGUGUGCAUGUUGUAUAGUAUGCUUUUCACCGUGAGAGAAAGCAACGUCCAGGACUGGAACAUAUGUUUAAAGUAAAAGCUUUUCAGUAGCA